AUGGAGGAAGCAGCCAUGAAUAAAACAUUAUCAAACACGACGACUGAGAACACAUCGACGGUCGUCGACGAAGUGAUGGCAGAGACGAUAUGUAAGCAUCAUCCUGAUCUACCACUCCUUGAUCAGAUGGCGAAUUGUGAGUGCCAACAGGGCUCUAAUCCGAAUGCCCUUCCUGCUUUAGGUCUUCACGGAUCUUCAAUCGCAAUCGAUAAGAAUCAAAAGAGGGGGACCAACAUCGAAACCAGGCCAACCAGGUACAUUCCGACCGAUAUUGUGGAGUCGCUCUUGACGCGGAUGAACCCCAAGGACGCCGUGCGCCUUAGUGUUGUAUGCAAGGACUGGAGGGCCGCAACAAGACUGUUCGACCCGACUACGAGGAGGACUCCAUGGCUAAUUAUCACGAAGCCUAUGAAGACCACCUGCCGCCUACAAAGCAUAGUAGACAAGGAAGUCUCCUUCGAGAUCGAGUUCCAUGGCUUUCCAACAGAAAGAGCCUAUUUCUCCUAUUGCUCACACGGUUGGCUGUCGUCCAUACCCCGUAUCUUAAACCCAAUGCACCUAGUGAAUCCUUUCUCUGGGGAAUGGUUGCAACUCCCAGCUCAUGAUCUUGCACCAAGUUUCCUCUGCAUGUCAUCAGCUCCGACAACCCGUGAUUGUGCCGUUCUUGCACGUGACUGCUACAAUUUUCUCUAUGUUUGGAGACCAGGAGAUGAGUCUUGGACCAAGUUCGAAGACCCAUUCCAACAUUUCAGUACAAUAAUUAGCUUCGAGGGGCAAUUCUACGCCUGGGAUUACUACAGUGGGCUCUUGACAGUUCUUCAAGUCCUUCCUUUUCGACUCAGGGAACUGUCGGUGCCAUGUCCCAUCAGUUUUACUAGCCAUUAUAUUCUUUUUAUGCGAUUGGUUGAGUGUUGUGGAAACAUAUUGUUGGUCAUCGUUACAAAGCUUAGUCAUGGAUCCCUAAGUAUCUAUCUAUAUAGACUUGAUAUGGAGAACAAGGCAUGGAUCAAGAUGGAGAGCUUGGGAGAUCGAGCAUUAUUCUUAGAUUAUCGAUUUUUUAAUCCGGCAAUUUCAGUCUCGGCUAGUGAAGUUGGAUGUCAUGCUAACUGUGUUUAUAUCAAUGGUGUAUAUGAUGUCAUGGUUUACGAUAUGGAUAACCACAUGAUAGAAAGUUUUUCAUUUAGACACGGACAAUGUUCAUAUAUUGAUGGCCCAAUUUGGAUUACCCCAAGCUUGAAUUGA